AUGGCCAGGAUCAAACACACAAAUCGAACUUCAAAGAAUACAAAUGGAACAGUCAAUGGAAAUGGGAAAAAGUUGACCAAGAAAAAGGUUGCUGAAUUGCCAAAGCCUGUUAACAAAGCGAAAGACGAAGAAGAUAUUCAAGUUGUGAACACAGUCGUCUCAUGUCUCGAUAUAAUAUCAAGACAAAGAAUUGAACACUGUGUGAAGUCCGCUAGAUGCAAGCAUAUUGAAUGCUUUGACCUUAAAAGCUUCUGUGAAGUUAACAAUAUUAUAAACUAUUAUGAAAAAGAGCAUUAUGCAUUUAGUGGAAAAUUUGAUGUAAUUCCCGCUGUUAAUCAUGUUAGAUCAAAAUUUACUGUCACCGAUAGUCCAAGAAAAAGGCAAACUAGAUUCAAUAAUGCUACAGCUAAAGAGAAGAAAUACAUGGUUACACUGUCCCAACAAGGAAAGAAAAGUCCAACGCUGUUCAAAGUUGUUCACACGAAAGAUAAGAGUGCACUGUUCCCAAGAAAUUUAACAACCAAACAAUAUCAACCGGGGUGGAUUGUUAGGUGCCCUCUAUGCAGUAUCAAGUUUUGCCCUAGUGAACUCAUGCAUGAUGAUUUUAUGACUACAGUAUUGAAAUAUGUACCAAAACCUGUGAGGAGUAUAGAGAUUAGUGAAGAUUGGAUUGUGAGUGAAGUGAAAGAGAAAUCUCCAUUUCAAAAUCAAGAAGUUGUGGCCAUUGAUGACGAUGAUCUGGAUAAUGUUUUUGUUAACAAGAAUAAACAUUCUAAACACAAGAAACACAAGAAGCACAGAAAACAAGUCAACAUUGGUGAUUUUGAUUCAGAUGAUGAUUUUGAUGAUCUGAUGAUUGGAGAGCUCGAAAAUACUGGAUCAACUAUGCAUGAUCCUGUUAUAAUAGAUUAG